AUGGCCAUUGCAGCUGUUGUCAUUCUUCCUCUGGGUCUCCUUUUCCUUCUCUCUGGUCUAAUUAUCAAUUUCAUUCAGGCACUCAUCUUCAUCUUGGUGCGCCCAUUAUCAAAAAACUUAUUCAGAAGAAUCAACAAAGAAGUCACUGAAUUAUUGUGGUUGGAGAUAGUAUGGCUUUUUGACUGGUGGGCAAACAUUAAGGUUGAACUAUACACAGAUCCAGAAACUUUUGAAUUUUUGGGUAAAGAGCAUGCACUUCUCAUUUGUAAUCAUCGAAGUGACAUUGAUUGGCUUGUUGGAUGGGUUCUUGCUCAGCGGUUUGGUUGCCUUGGUAGCACACUAGCUUUAAUAAAGAAAGCAGCUUUAUACCUACCGGUUCUUGGAUGGUCAAUGUGGUUCAAUAAUUAUAUAUUUCUUGAAAGAAGCUGGACAAAAGAUGAGUAUACACUCAAGUCAGGUUUACAAGGUCUUAACGAUUUUCCUCAGCCAUUUUGGUUAGCCCUCUUUGUGGAAGGAACUCGUUUUACGCAAGCAAAGCUCUUAGCAGCUCAAGAAUAUGCUGCUUCAGCAGGGUUACCUGUUCCACAAAAUGUAUUAAUACCCCGAACAAAGGGUUUUGUGUAUGCAGUUAGUCAAUUGAGCUCAUUUGUUCCAGCAAUUUAUGAUAUCACGGUAACCAUACCUAAAAAUGAGCCUCAGCCUACAAUGUUGAGAAUCCUGAGAGGGUGUUCUUCUGUGGUACAUGUGCAUAUUGAGCGGCAUUUGAUGCAAGAACUGCCUGAAACUAGUAGCGGCAUUUCCCAGUGGUGUAAGGAUAUAUUUGUAGCAAAGGAUGCUUUGUUGGAGCGGCAUGUUGCCAUGAACACAUUUGGUAAUAAAGAUAACUAUCAUAUUGGCAGACCUAUAAGAUCAUUGCUGGUUGUCAUCUCUUGGACCUGUUUCCUCAUAUUUGGUGCUGUCAAAUUUUUUGAAUGGUGUCCAUUUUCUUGGGGAGAAAUUGCAUUUUGUACUGUAUUCUUGGCCCUUGUUGUCAUUCUCAUGCAAAUACUGAUUGUGUUUUCCCAGUCAGAACAAUCAACCCCUGUUAAGGAAUCCCCUCGAAAUUCUUUGGAGGAAAAACUUCUUCACAUUUGA